ACCUUCAACACAGUCAUGUUGCGAGCGCUUCUGACCACAAGCAGGCCUCUCUUGACUCGUUUUCGAGUCGCCCAAACCACGUCUCAUCUUUGCCCUCAUCACCAUGCUCUCGCUCCCCCGGCAUCGUCAUCCCCAGCGCUGUCAAGAGGCAUGAAGGUCCGAUCCUCUGUGAAACUCUUGUGCGACGGUUGCAAUGUGGUACGACGAAAGGGGAGGCUUUACGUCCUGUGCUCGAAAAAUCCGCGUCAUAAGCAGCGUCAAGGCUGAGCUUAUGAGUGAUGGCUCACAUGUUCCUUACCUUCCGCGAGUGCUACGCCAUAUUAUUCAGACGUCUGCGGUCCAUAGGCUUAUAUGCCUUUGGGAACACUUCAGAGACUUGCUGUCAUCAUUUAUGAAUCUAUCGCAGGUGAACCACACCCCGUGUUCAAA